AUGGACACAGCAACAAGGUCUACUAGCACCAAUCGACAACGAAGAGGGCCGAAUAGAAGAGAUCGAGCCUCAUUCUAUAUGAGAGAGAGAAACAUGAUGCAUGCAUUGGAUACUCUAUUCGGAUUGGCUCAUACUGGCACCGGUUAUAUUGCAUUUGUAAGAACGAUUGUCAUGUCCAUGCAAUACGAUAACCCCGUCGCAAUGGCAUUUUUAUGCCAUGUUAUAGACAAAUCAGCACUUCCUUCAAAGGAUACCUUACAAAAAAUUGGACCUCUCGUCCUAAGCCUACUAAACAAAAAACCCAGCCGCCUUCGACGUAUGGUGUCACUAAUAACAAAGCGUUGUGGCAUGGAACGUGGAGCAAACAACCGAGAGCUGUUACGUAUGCAGCUCUUUGAUGACAAUGCUACUUCAGCAACCCUGAUGGCUUCGGAUCAAGACCCACAAUCACUUUUGCAUAAAAUAAACGGUGCCAUAGUACUGUCUUUGUUGGCAGAAAAGUUUGCAGGCGAGAUGUGUUUGAUGCUUUGGUCUGAAGACAUAGGAAAAAUGCUCAUGAAAUCGCUGGUGGAUACCCAAGAAGACCUUACAGCUCGGUUAUUUGCAUUGAUUGCAUUAGAAAAGUUUGCUCUAACAGGUGCCGUGAAAUCCGCACUAUUGAGUCAUGAAAUGCCUUUACGAUCAGCGUUACUAGACAUUCUUAUGGAGUGUGAGCAUGCGUAUAAGCGUAUUCGGCGUCGGGCUGUAGGCUUUACCGAUGGAGAUUCUAUUCCGCCCAAGGGACCACUCAGAGAAGAAUGGGCCAAGUAUAUGCAACUAGAGAUGAGUUGUCGCUGGGCUCUCGACCGUGUAUUCAUAGAAAAAAACGUGCUAUCCAGUCCUUGGAACAUUUCACAACUAGGCGUUAUAAUGAAUCCCUUUGAUGCAACACCUUACAUGAAAGUCGGAAUGCAUGGUCUAACUCUACGAAAUGAUAGGCCGCAAUUUGAAUCAGUACGUGCCACUGCUUGUGUUAAAGAUGGAAAAUGGUAUUAUGAAACGUUAGUGCUAACUAACGGUAUCAUGCAAAUCGGAUGGGCUACCAACCGCUGCCGUUUCUCCCCAGACGAUGGUUAUGGAGUAGGAGAUGACCGUAAUGGUUUUGCCUUUGAUACCUACAGAACUGCCAUUUGGGCGGAUGGUUCUGCUGUUUAUCCUCAAAUGGAAUAUAGAGCACGGUGCGAAGCUGGUGAUGUAGUUGGCAGCUUCUUGGAUUUAGAUAAUGGUUUUUGUUCCUUCUAUAUCAACGGAAAGAAUCAUGGACUUACUGUCGAAUUUGAUCAUCCCAAUAAGAGAAUCGAUACUUUAUCUCCUAGAAGCCGUGAAAUAGCCUUAAAGAAAAAAGCAGUCGGUUUAGGGCUCUACCCUGCGGUUAGUCUUACAACUAAUCAGCAUUGUAUGAUUAACUUUGGUGACUGUCCAUGGCUUUAUCCUCCCCCUCUCACCGUUGAAUUUCAAGGUGUUAACAAAGCUGGUAAAUUAGACGACGACUUCAUUAGAAGAGUUCUACGUUGGGAAAAGAAACGAGGUGUAACAACCCAUGGCAAAUCAUACAAGCCUAUGAACAAACCACCAUUACGUCCGCUAGAAGGUGCUGAUGAAACUCCAGUACGGUCUCCAUUGAGUGCAACUAGUGACGAAGAAAAUGGUAUAUCAGAUAAUGAAGAUAAGUAUGACUGGGAUGGACCAUUAUGUACAAUGUGCUUUUCUGAACCCAAAAAUGCUAUGCUACUUCCAUGCAAGCACACUGGUUUCGGUGUACAAUGUGCAAAAAUCUUCAAGAAUUGGUAA